AUGCAGCUCCGACCGGGAGCAGCGGUGCUGCGCAGCACCUACACCACAACGUCACGAUCUCUCCUCCCCUCCUCCCGAUGCGCCCAAUGUAGGCGGAUUGCGCCCCUCGAUGCCCGGCUACCCGUGACCGCCGCCCUCUACCACUCUACUCCGAGCCGAAACUCAGCAUGGGGUGCUGCGGUAUCUGUCGCCUCCAACAUUGCUUCCAAUGCUAUUAAUCGGGUGGUGCCGAAGGGCGACAUGCACAUCGACCCGUUGCGGACGGUGGCCAAGGAGAUGAAGUUUCUGACGGGCAACAUUCGCAAGCUACUCGGCUCAGGUCACCCGUCUUUGGACCGUGUCGCCAAGUACUACACACAGGCCGAGGGGAAGCACAUGCGACCCUUGAUUGUCCUGCUGAUGUCAAGAGCGACAGCGCAGUGCCCCAAGGGUCCCCGCAUGCAGCCCCCCUCCGGCGGUGUUGAUACCGCGAUAUCUCCUCCCGGCAUUCUCGUCGAUGUCAACCCCAGCUCUCCGCUGACUUCCGCCGACCCUAUUGAGACUUCGGAAUCCGAUAUCCUUCCCUCCCAGCGCCGUCUCGCCGAGAUCACCGAGCUGAUCCACACCGCCUCGCUCCUCCACGACGAUGUCAUCGAUCACUCCGUAGCACGCCGCGGCUCCCCCUCGGCCAACCUCGAGUUUGGCAACAAGAUGGCCGUUUUGGCCGGAGACUUCCUCCUCGGAAGGGCCUCCGUCGCGCUGGCUCGCUUGAGGAAUGCCGAGGUAAUAGAGCUGCUGGCUACCGUCAUUGCGAACCUCGUCGAGGGCGAGUUCAUGCAGCUGAAGAACACGGCCCAGGAUGAGCGCAAGCCGGUAUACUCGGAGGAGACUCUGAGCUACUACCUGCAAAAGACGUACCUCAAGACGGCCAGUCUGAUCUCCAAGUCAUGCCGUGCCGCCGCUAUUCUCGGCGGUUCGGAUGCUGCUUCGGUCGAGGCCGCCUACGCCUACGGCAAGAAUCUGGGUCUCGCGUUCCAGCUGGUCGAUGACAUGUUGGACUACACGAGGAGCGAGAAGGAGCUUGGUAAGCCGGCGGGAGCCGACUUGGAGCUGGGUUUGGCGACAGCCCCGCUACUGUUCGCGUGGAAGGAGAACGCGGAGUUGGGCGCGUUGGUAGGCAGGAAGUUUGAGCAGGAGGGCGACGUGACAAGGGCACGCGAGCUGGUUCUGCAGAGCGACGGUAUUGAGCAGACGAGGGCAUUAGCGCAGGAUUACUCGGAGCGGGCGAUCGCGGCCAUUAGCGAGUUCCCGGACAGCGAGGCCAAGGACGGGCUUAUUGAGAUGGCUGUCAAGGCGUUGAAGAGGACGAAGUAA